AGAGAGAGGAGGAUGACAGCUUGUCUCACACCCACAGACAUUUUCAGAGGCAGCUAAACGGUCUGAACAGCACUUUUGACGUCAGGAAUAAUCAUUACAGCCUACUCUCUCUCAUCCGGGUCUUCUUCUUCUCCUCUUCUCUUGUGGUUUUAAUAUUUACUUCAUCCAGAGCAGCGGCGGCUUAAAGCCUUAACAACAACAACAACAGCAACAACACAUGAAUACACGUAAAGAGGAGCUGCGGCUGCAGGAGCACCGGCCGUGAUUUCACCCGCUCCGUAUCCAUCAGCAGCACGUUAUUUGUGAACUUACAUCGGAGAGGAUGCUUGCGUUUCUGCUCAACAAGUCUCUUCUGUUUCUGACACAUUAACUGUUGAUGGCUGCGGAAUGGAGAUAGCCUUGGUGAGUUUUGAGAACGGCGGCGCUAAAGGGAGCGGCGGCGGUGGAGGCAACAAUGCCGAGGAGAGCUGCCGGAACGCGCUGGAUGUCCCUCAGUCGGGUUUCGUUCAAACUGGACUUGGAGAGGACUUCAGUAAAGAGCUGAACACCCGGGGGAGUCCUCAUCAUCAUCAUCAGCAGCCGCUUCAGCAGCAGAGCUCCUGGAAAAUCAACGACAUGAACAACACUUUCAGCUGCAGCGAGAACGCCAUGGAUGCGCUUUUACGCGCGGACCACAGUCCCCAUCUGUUCGACGAGGACAUGCUGGACAUGGACAUGGACACGGAAAGCAACGAGAGGGUGCUCAUCAACAUCGCUGGGCUGAGGUACGAGACCCAGCUGGGCACCCUGAACCAGUUCCCGGACACUUUACUGGGAGACCCCGCGAAGAGGAUAAAAUACUUCGACCCGCUCCGGAACGAGUACUUUUUCGACCGCAACAGACCGAGUUUUGACGGGAUUUUAUACUUUUAUCAGUCCGGUGGGAAGAUCCGGAGACCUGUCAAUGUGUCAAUCGAUGUGUUUGCAGAUGAGAUUAGGUUUUAUCAGCUGGGGGAGGAGGCCAUGGAGAGGUUCCGUGAGGAUGAGGGCUUUAUAAAAGAGGAAGAGAAGCCGCUGCCUCAGAAUGAGUUCCAGAAACAGGUCUGGCUUAUAUUCGAGUAUCCGGAGAGCUCCAGUCCGGCCCGGGGCAUCGCCAUCGUGUCCGUGAUCGUUAUCACCAUAUCCAUCAUCACCUUCUGCCUGGAGACGCUGCCAGAGUUCAGGGAUGAGAGGGAGCUACCGGUCACCAGCCGGCUGGACAACAGCACCGCGCCCCGGCCGUCCCUCACCUUCACAGACCCCUUCUUCAUCAUAGAGACCACAUGCGUCAUUUGGUUCACUUUCGAGCUGUUCGUGCGCUUCUUCGCGUGCCCCAGCAAGUCGGAGUUCUCCAAGACCAUCAUGAACAUCAUCGACAUCAUGUCCAUCAUGCCUUACUUCAUCACAGUGGGCACGGAGCUGGCGGAGCAGCAGGGUCAGGAGCACCAGAACGGCCAGCAGGCCAUGUCUCUGGCCAUCCUGCGAGUCAUCCGCCUGGUCCGCGUCUUCCGGAUCUUCAAGCUCUCCAGGCACUCCAAGGGGCUGCAGAUCCUGGGUCAGACGCUGAAAGCCAGCAUGCGGGAGCUCGGCCUGCUCAUCUUCUUCCUCUUCAUUGGAGUCAUCCUCUUCUCCAGCGCCGUGUACUUCGCAGAGGCGGACGAACCGGAGUCUCACUUCUCCAGCAUCCCCGAUGCCUUCUGGUGGGCCGUGGUCACCAUGACAACCGUGGGCUACGGCGACAUGAGGCCGGUGACCGUCGGGGGGAAGAUCGUGGGCUCUCUGUGCGCCAUCGCUGGCGUGCUCACCAUCGCGCUGCCGGUGCCGGUCAUCGUAUCAAACUUCAACUACUUCUACCACCGAGAGACGGACCAGGACCAGUCCUCCCUGAAGGACGAGCCCAAUUGUGGCCGAGACAGCCCGGAACUGAAACGCAAAGGGAGUAAAUCAUCCAACAAGUCUCAGGAUGUGGAGAACAACGACGCGGGCGCUUCGGUGGAGAAGGCGAAUAUCAAAGCGAACAGCAGCAUUGACUUCAAAAGAUCCCUUUACGCUUUCUGCUUGGACACACGGGAGACGGACCUGUAGUCCAGUGUUCUACUUCUUCACCUCUUUAACUGUUAGAGCCCAUAGUUGUGUAGAAUAAACCCCCAUUAAUGGGCUCUUAAGUCUUUGCACAUAGCAGUCGGAGGAUCAACACAUUGCAAUCCUGAAAAGUUUUAAGAGCGACGGGGGUUGAUUUAUAAAAAGCACAUUUUAAUCCCCCUCAUCUGGUAAGCACAUCCGUUAGAAAAAACUGAGGAGUUAUGAACAAACACACAGUGCAUGUGAUGCAACACAGUGGCCCUUUAAAGUAGGAACACCUACAAAACUACAUCAAACUCAUGGAUGAAUUAGUGUGGGGGAAAAUAGGACAUCCAGCCUAUGCUACAGAUAAUCAAGGACAAGCAGGACUUGGAAUAAUUACUUGACAUCACGAGAGGAUUAACAGGACCAACCAGACUCUUGUACAUAAUGUAGGAAACAGUCCAUAUUCAGUAGUGCAACAAAAGAAAAAAGCCAAAUUUUAUUUUUCAUACCUACCCUAUAUUUAGUCAUUAUGUUUACGCUGAAAAGUUGCAUUAAUGCAUCAGCAAAUGUGUACAUAUUUCCCACAGGCCUACUAUUUAUGAAUUGGAUUAUGGUGUUAUUAUAGUUUUGGAGAAAAAAUAACUAUUUUUUGAGAUGCAGACACCUGUUCCCUCCACUCAGGUUCUGUCAAAGAAGUGAGUUCUUUCCUUUUUCUAAGUGAGAGUUGAUUCGCUCUCAGAGGACCUAAAGAGAAGAUUUUUACAUGCUGAACAAACAGCCUUGUUAUUGAAAUUAAAUAAACUAAAGAACAUUUUGAAUUUAAAAAAAAAAGGACAUAACAUGGAAGUAACUGAGGGAAUGAUAGCCAAGAAAAAGAGGACAGCGCAGAGACCAUCUGGAGAGAUCAAGCAACACAGAUACCAGAGAGUUGACGCCCUGCCCUCCGACCAUCAGGAGAGUUGAUCCGACCACAGGAAACCCCUCCACCAGAACACACACACACACACACAAAAACUGCUGCUGCACUUCAAAAAACAGCAUCAUCUACCCUUUUUUGGAACUCUGUGCCUUCAACCAAAAUUCACCGGUGAUACUUCUGAAGCUUUUGUUUUGCUUUUUUUUUGCUUUUUCUUUUUGCUUUUUUUUUUUUUUUUUUCUUUCGAGCAGGACUCAGAGGAUAUACAGUAUCUGCCUGAUGUAGGAGGGCUGGGGAUCGUGCUGCUGCUCUCACUCUUUGUCUGUCUGGAGAAAAAAAAAAAUCAAACCUAAUCAGGACAUGCAACUUUUAAUCAUUUUAAUGUCCUAUUGUGUGUUUUUUUUUUUUUUUUCUACAAAUCGUAUCAGUGAUUUACUUCAUAUCGGAAGAAAUCCCUCGCUGUGCAAUAUCAGUCGAUAUUUAUGUGAAGUUGUCAUGUGGAUGUAGACUUUGGAUGAACUUUUGCUCAUUUUGGUUUAUUUUUGUAAUGAUGUUUUCCUGAUUUCUAUUUUUCUAAAAGGAUAACGGUGUAAGACAGACUUAGGAGAAAAAAAAAACAAAACAUCUGAACACAUUAAGGGAGAGGAGACGUUUGGUUGUUGCUAAAAGACAAUUUGUCCAAGUUUAGUUUUCCUCAACAGCAUCCCCUCCUGCCCUGACAGGGCCAAAGCCAUAGCCUAUCUCAGCUAACAAUGCACCAUUGUCCCCAACAGCAAGAUGCAUUCAGGGUCUCGCAGUUUUGGGGCCGACACCACAGGCUCCUCUUGUCAGCUCAUCUUAGCUGUUGGAUUUUCUGAGCAAUGUUUUGGUUUCUACUGUUUGUUCAGGGGCUUGAAUCUAAAGUAUUUAGUAUUCUCUACCUUUGUGUGGCCUGUUCUUCUUGCUGUUAUUUUGUACUUCCUCCUACAUAUCAAUCAAGCAACUAUAAGUGGCAUGUGUGUAAGUGAGAAAAGCGAAUGGGUGUGUUCGCCAGAAUGGAAGGUAAAAUACUGUAAAUUAUCAAAUAAAAGUGGUCAGGUCACAAAUAAAGCCCAGUUCAGAAUGAAAGAUGGGAAGAAAAAAAACAGAAAAUUAGUGGUGGUAGAAAAUGCUAAUUAAUUGGUUAGUUAAAUGUUGUGAAACUAUUGGUAUCUUGGCCAAAUGCUGAACACCAAAGUAAUGUUUGUGUGCAAUCCUGAAGAUUUAUCUGCUCUGGAACGUUAUUCAUUUGAAAAGGAAAAGCUUCUGCUGAAAAAAAAAAAAGAAAAGAAAAAAAAAAUUUCAUGUGAAGCUUAGCCAUGCUAAUGCUGUACUAGCUUUGUACCCUGUUAGCUAAUGUUGGAUCCUAGUUUAUAUCAUAGCUUAUGUCAAUUACCAGUUUCAGAGAUGUAAAUAUGUUCACACCAACAUUCAAAUUGAGUUUCCAUUCUUGCCUUGUCUUUACAGCACAAGAUAAACACAAUCUCUGUGGUGUUAAAGCAUAAAUUAUUCCCAAAUGUAACAACAAAGGUCCAUUUAUUAGUUUACAAGCUUAUACAGUCUUUGUGCACACUUUUUCUUCACCACCACCACAUCGUUCCCAGAGGUCAAGAAUGAUGAAUGCUCAUGUUCCUGUUCUUUUUCUUGCUAGUUUGUUAACCUCAGCUAACAGUAAUAUACCAUUUUAUUGUUUAUUGAUGUCAGCCUGUCGUUCAAGGUAAUUAAACACAAAUUA